CCUGGUUUGUUUGUGCUUUUAGCAAUUCUGGAGGAUUUUUGGAAUUUCAUGAAAUAUGUUUUGAGCCACACACAAGGAACUCUAAGAGACAGGAUGGGACUAUGUGAAAGCAGAAACCUGAGAAGCAGGAAAGAAAGGAAGAAUUCUCUAUAUAGACAGAAACCUCAGACAGCCAUGAAAAGGAAAGUUCCACCACCUCUACCACCGGGCAAGAAUUUAUCCAUCACUUCUGCUGACCAACUUGGAAAAGGCAAGAAAUAUGUAAUAGCACAAUAUGAUUUCAUCUCUAUGAGUGAUCGAGAUCUGUCUUUGACUGUGGGAGAAAAGUUUGAAGUCUUCGGCAGUGAAGGGGAGUGGUGGUUAGCAAAAUCCCUCACUACUGGAAAUCAGGGCUACAUUCCUAGCAAUUUUGUAGUCCACAUCAACAGCAUGGAAGAAGAAGAAUGGUUUUUUAAAGGCCUUAACAGAAAAGAUGCUGAACGUUUAUUAAUGAUGCCUGGCAACAGUGUAGGCUCAUUUUUGAUAAGGGAAAGUGAAAGCGUUCCAGGUGCAUUUUCACUUUCUAUUAGAGACAUUAUCUCUCAAGAGGAUAUUAUUAAGCAUUACAAAAUCUCCACUAUGGACCAAGGUGGAUACUACAUCUGUCCCUGGAUUACAUUUUCUUCUUUGCAAAAGCUUGUCAAGCAUUAUUCCACUAAUGAUAAUGGUUUGUGUCAAAGCCUAAGAUAUCCAUGCAAGUCUCUGACUCCACAAAUACCCUGGGCUACUGAUGAAUGGGAAAUCCCACGAGACACUAUAAAACUCAUCAAGAAACUGGGAGCAGGCCAGUUUGGUGAGGUAUGGAUGGGUUAUUACAAGAACAAUGUGAAGGUUGCAGUCAAGACAUUAAAAGAAGGCAGCAUGGACCCCGAUGCCUUUUUGGCGGAGGCCAACUUGAUGAAGAGACUUCAGCAUAACAAGUUGGUUCGAUUGCAUGCUGUGGUGACCCAGCAGCCAGUUUAUAUUGUAACAGAAUACAUGGCCAACGGAAGCCUGCUUGAUUUCUUGAGCACCAGUCAAGGGAAGAAUCUGUCUCUUGCAAAACUGAUAGAUUUCUCCGCUCAGAUUGCUGAAGGGAUGGCAUACAUUGAGAGAAUGAACUUCAUCCACAGAGACCUCAGGGCAGCCAACAUUCUUGUCUCAGAGUCCCUUUGUUGCAAAGUUGCUGAUUUUGGCCUGGCUAGACUCAUAGAGGAUGAAUAUCUUGCACAGGCAGGUGCCAAAUUUCCUAUCAAAUGGACAGCGCCAGAAGCAAUUAAUUAUGGACUUUUCACAAUCAAAUCUGAUGUCUGGUCCUUUGGAAUUCUUCUCACUGAAAUUAUUACCUACGGACAGACUCCCUAUCCAGCUAUGAUGAAUCAUGAUGUUAUCCGGCAUAUAGAACAGGGCUACAGGAUACCUUGUCCAGAAUCAUGCCCCUCUAAUCUCUAUGCAAUUAUGUUAAAAUGUUGGAAGGAUAACCCAGAAAAUCGACCGACAUUUGAAUACCUCCAGUCUACUCUUGAAGACUUUUAUACAGCCACAGAAAAACAGUAUGAAAUGGAACCCAAAAAGUCCUGA